UCAGUUAUUAACUCAUUAGCCGGACUUGUAUGGCACUGCCGAGUGAUGGGUUAGGUGGUUUUCUUUAAUUCUUCAUCUUCUCGACAUGAUGUGAUCGACACAGAAAUACCAAAAUGGCCGACAAACCUCAGUGACGGUGUGCGACAGUUUAUUUACAGUAUAAAGUUAACGGCCACAACUCCAUCAUGGACAAGCAUCAGUCCGAGAAUGGUACCCUGAAGUGGUCGCACGGAUUCCUCGCGGUAGUGUUGUUGCUUCUUCUGUUCUCUUUGCAACUCUUAUCGCUUGUGACGUCUCAGUAUAUAGUCCUGUACCUCCAGAAGGACAUGUUUCCGAACUCAACUCUUUCUUCUUCGAAUGUGUCGGCAUGCAAUUUCAACACGUCGACAGAAGAAUACCGCGAGAGGACGGCGGUACAGAAGGCUGCUUCAAAGUUUAAUAUUUACAAAACAUUGGCUGAAAAUUUACCUGCUCUUAUUAUCAGUGGCAUUACAGGCGGUCUUAGUGACAAAUAUGGAAGAAGACGUAUUUUGGUAUUAAGCAUAUCUUUAACCAUGUUAUUGGGAUGCCUUAACAGCAUUAUAAUUUAUCUCCAAAUCAAUAUCUAUUACUUCUUGAUUAGCUUUUUCAUAUAUAGUCUAGGAGGCGGUUUCUAUGGUACAUUGUCGAUUUGCUUCGCCUAUAUGUCGGAUGUAACAGAUCCCGGAAAACAACGAACAUUGAUGAUAACUCUUCUCGAAGCAUCCCUCGGAAUAGGCUCGGCAGCAUCUGGGUUCUUUUCUGGGUUCAUUAUUGACAGUGUCGGAUUCUUCUAUGCAAGCAUAUGUGUGUGUGCAGCAGCAUUCUGUUCAAUGUUAGUGGUUGUGUUGUUUCUUCCGAAUUCACGUCCUCCUAACAUGUUGUUAUCCGGAACGUCAACCAUUGAAAAUGCCAGUGCAUCAUUUGUAUUUUAUUUUCGAGCUUCUCCUAAGCGGCACAAAUAUAUACUUGCAAUCAUAAUAUUCAUGAGUUCAACGCUUUCUCUUUUAGGAAAAUCAAAUAUAGAAAUUUUGUAUCAGUUGAACGCGCCAUUUUGUUGGACAUCUGUCAAAGUUGGAUAUUACUCAGCAAUUUCGAAUUCAGCCAGAAUGAUUUUAGGCGUAGCCUGUGUGAAAAUUCUGCAAAAGUUUUUCAUGGAGGAAAGCGUCGCCAUUUUAAGUGGUGUCUCUGGAAUGGCAGCUAGUAUUGUGGAGGCAUUUGCUAUCAACGAUGUCAUGUUAUUUCUAGUUCCAGUCAUAGGUUUCCUAGGAACAUUAGUUAUCCCGAUGACCAGAUCUAUACUGUCCAAACUUACGCCUGCGGACAGACAAGGAGCACUAUUCGCAGGAGUAGCUGUUGUUGAGAUAACGUCAAAUUUGGGAAGUAAUAUUGGAGCUUCGUCCGUCUACAUAGCAACUGUUGGUGCCAUGCGGGGAUUCGUCUUCCUCGUAUUUGCUGGCUUGUCCUUCCUUACUACAUGUCUACUACUAAUAUAUCGUAUCAUAAAUAGAGGGUCGAAAACUGGAACGUUACCUGAUGUGACUAAAGAUAUUACCAGUACACAGAUAUUGACAGACCACGAGGGGGAAUGAGAAUGAAGCCAGAAUGUAGAAUGUACCCCAGUAUUGACAGAGGACAAGGGAGACUGAGGAUGGCUUCCUGAGAGCACAUUCAUCUCCAAAAGUUUAUCUGCCAUGAAAACUAGAUGGCAGUUUGACAUUGUCUUGGUUGGAUUCGUGUUCUGAUGUUUUAAACAGUCAAUAACACACCAAAGGAUUUUAUGAACUGUGUGAAUGAUUCAUUGACGAUACAUAGCAAAAUAGGCUAAAUUGGUUGCGGCAUAGGUUUUUUUUAUGUUAGGCGAUUUUAAAGAUAUUUUGCUGCAAUGUUUUGGGGAUUGAAUGAUUGGAUGGUAAGCAGGAAAUUUUUGCAAGUUAUAGUGUAUCGAUGUGCGGAAAAACAACCUAGCCAGCCAGUCAGCGAAACCAAUCAACCCUUAACCUAUGAUAUAUUCAAAAUCAAUGUUUUCCUCCAAUCUUAAUUGUAUUUAUUGAAAUGAUAUGAUGCAGAAUUUCAUAAUACGAAAACAUAGGUGUGGAAAACAUAAUGGAAUUUAAAAUAUUAUUUAUAAAACGACAAAAAGUUUAAUUGUAACGAGCAUGUUAAAACAAACACUUCAAAUUUAUCCCAAUAUGAAUCACAUGUUUAAAAAAAAUACACAUACGACAAUUUCUGUAUUACAUUUCUAAACAAUGAUUUUUUGAAUUUUUCUUCCUGUCUAAUAAAACAAAACUAUAAA